AUGCAGGAUCCAUCUCCUCCGCCCAUCAAGAAACCAUUAUACGAAGGAAGCACACAAUUCAAGAACUGGAGAUACUCCCAUUCACGACUAGCUCAAAUCCGCUCAACGCUAAAUGAAGCCGCCGUCUCUGUAAUUCGAACCACUUUCGAGGCAUACGAACCAGGCUCCUCGGCUAAUGUUACCUUCCUUACCGCAGAUGAAGAAUCACUUCUCGUAACUUUUUAUGCUACCAUGAUCACUCAAAUAUGCGGCCGGUUCCGUUUUCCAGAGGAAGUAGAAGCAACGGCAGUCUCGUAUUUGAAAAGAUUCUACUUGAAGAACACGGUUAUGGACUGGCAUCCAAAAAACGUUAUGCUGACUGCUGUGUUUCUCGCCACCAAAACAACUAACAACCCGAUAUCGUUGGAAGUCUACACCUCACAUAUACCCAAGGCAUCUGCUUCAGAUGUGCUCGACCUUGAAUUCCUUAUCGCUCAGAGCUUGGGAUUCGAAUUCGCUGUUUGGCACGCUCAUCGUGCCCUGUGGGGUAUUUGGCUCGACCUUCAGAGUCUCCCGGACACGACUUCGAAUUCUGAAGCCACAAGGAGUCCUGUCUACACCUCAGCAGUCUCACAUGUUCGUUCUUCUCGAUUGACAGAUGCAGAACUUGUGUAUACGCCAUCUCAGGUUGCAUUGGCCGCCCUCUCCAUGGCGGACCGAGAUCUCGCUUUAAAAUGGUUGAAAUCCAAGCAAGACAAGCUUCGUUCAGAUGCAGAUCAUUCGCCCAAUAUAAUGGAAUCGAUAGACAACAUUACCAACCUCAUUAGGAAGCACGGGCAUGCCCCUGACGUUGAGGCCGUACGAGAAGUGGACAGACGGCUAAAGCUCUGCAAGAACCCAGAGAAAGUCGUUGGCACCAAGGCCUACCUCGCGAGACAAGCAGAAGAAGACAAAAAAGCAGAGGACAGGCGUAUUCGUAAAGCAGAUGUACAGAAGGAAGCUACAACAGACGGGGAUCCAUUUGGUGAGGUUCUCGCUCGCUCCAAACCUGGACUUGUCGACUACGACGACGACGACGACGACUAG